ACCUGAUAUCUUCCCUUAUCUAACUCUGUCUAACACACAUUUUAGUUACAUCACUCGUGCAAAGCGAAAUGGUGUCCAAUAUUAAGAGUCCCUCAUACAAGAUGGAGGUUAUCGAGGAGCGGAGUGUACUAGCUGAGGGCCCGUACUGGGACUCUGGUCACCAGCGUCUCUACUACGUGGACAUGAGGAACAUGACCGUCAACUCGUAUGAUCCAGUGACCCACACAAUACACAAAGCUACGAUCAAAGAUAGUGAAUAUUCAGUUUCAGACCCCAGCAAGCAGACGCCGGUCACGCUGGUUGUACGUGUGAAGGACACGGAAGACUUGUUCGUGGUCGCUCUGAAGGGAGCCCUGGCCGUGAUACAGUGGGAUGGAACCAGCACGGUGAAUGUAACUCCUGUACACCUGAUGGACAUCGUAGAUGAGCCGAACAGUGGGUCGAGGUGCAACGACGGCAAAGUGGAUCCAUCCAAUCGACUGUGGGUUGGCACAAUGGGAAAACAGACCAAAUCAGAUCCAAAGGGAAACGAGUUUGAAAAAGACAAGGGUGAAAUGUUCCGGGUGGAUUUUACUGGGAUGGAGAAGAAGAAGACUAAAAUGGUAAAAGGCAUGCAAAUUCCGAAUGGCCUGGAGUGGAGUUUGGAUAAUACCAAGUUUUACUUGGUCGAUUCCUUGACCUUCAAAGUGACGGAGUAUUCAUAUGAUGAUAAAGAUGGUACAAUAGAAGAAAUAAAAGUUCUCUACGACUUGAAAGAGAAUAGUUUGGCUGGGACUGAAGACAAACCGAACUCUCUUCCAGAUGGAAUGACUAUUGACUCUGAAGGCAAACUGUGGUUAGCAAUCUAUGGAACUGGAAAGGUUAUAAGAUUAGAUCCAAACACCGGCAAAACAGAGACGGAGAUAGUGUUAGAUAAGGUGCUGCAGCCGACAUCUGUGUGUUUUGGCGGAAAGGACCUCAGUACGUUGUUUGUGACCAGUGCUCGAGUGGACUGGAAUGACGAGUUUGAAUCAUCUUAUCCUAAUUCUGGAAAAUUGUUCCAAAUAACCAGUAUUGGAGCGAAAGGAGCUGGUCCAAGCCGACCAAUUGAUCUGCCUAAACCUCUAUUGAAAGAUAUUCGAAGAAAAUUGAAAAUCGAACUAGUUACUACAUUUUGAACCCUUAACAAAUUUUUAUCAUAUUUAUGCCCUUGACAUAUUUAGCUUUCAAUUAAUUUAUUUGCAUAUUUUGUACUAAUUUGUUUUGUGAUUAAAACUGUUGUAUGUUAA